AUGGGUCGUUUCAAAAACAAUAAGAAGAGUAGGGUCGCUGUGAAGCCUAUUGCGAAGAAAAACCAACCGAAUGUUGAUCAUGUCACUGGCGAUAAGAUACCCAAAAGUUUCGUCUUUUCAAGGAUGAAGCUUCCUGGUCCUGUCAAACAACUUCAGAUGGAUUUGAGGAAGCUCAUGCUUCCCUACACUGCUCUCAGUCUAAAGGAGAAGAAGAGAAACACUUUAAGGGACUUUUUGAAUGUAUCAGGUCCAAUGGGUGUUACUCAUUUCCUUAUGCUAUCGAAAACAGCGUCUGCGCUGUCUCUAAGAGUAGCAAGAACUCCUCAGGGACCGACUCUCACGUUUAAAAUCCAUCAGUAUUCGUUAGCGUCGGAUAUAGCUCAGUCUCAGCUUCGUCCUAGAUGUCCUCAAGAUCUUUUCAAGAGUCCUCCUUUGAUUGUCCUCUCUGGAUUCGGUUCUCAGGAGCUGCAUCUGAAGCUGGCGACGAUCAUGUUCCAGAACAUAUUCCCAUCUAUUGAUAUCAACACUGUCAAGCUCUCUACAUGCCAGAGACUAGUACUCUUGAACUACAACAAAGACACAAAAAUGAUUGAUUUCCGUCACUAUUCUAUUAGACUUCAGCCUGUAGGAGUGUCUCGUAGGAUCAGAAAGUUUGUGCAGAACCAUCAGGUCCCGGAUCUUAGGAAUCUGCAGGAUGUUAGUGACUUUGUCACCAAGGCUGGUUAUGGAUCAGAGAGUGAAGGAGAUGAAGAAGCGGCAACAGUGACACUAUCGUCUGAUCUGGGCCGAGUUAACAAGAGCUCCACAAAGAGCGCAGUGAAGCUGCAAGAAAUUGGACCGAGAAUGACUAUGCAGCUCGUUAAAGUGGAGGAAGGGUUGUGUUCAGGAGGAAUCAUUUUCAGUGAAUACGAAAACGUGGAUGGAAAGAAAGGGGAUAAGAAGCAAGAUGAAGAUGAAGAAGAUGAAGAAGAUGGUGAUGGCGAAGAAGAAGGAGGUAGUGAAGAAGAAGGUAGCGAAGAUGGAAUGGAUGAAGAUCAUGAAGAUUGA